GAAUGGAAGAGAACAGUCAAGAUGGGGUUGAGUUAGGUCAGGUUAGAUCUAGGUAGCUCGUCCGACAGCCGUCAGACACCAUUUUGCGACAUUUUUGCGCGUAUUGUGUAUUGUUGCACCAGCUGGUCGCGCUAAUCCUUUAAAACUCGAAGAUAGAAAAUGUCGCGCUAUCGUGAAUGGGAUCUGUCCUGCAAGGUUUAUGUUGGUAAUUUGGGAAGCAGUGCUAGUAAACAUGAGUUGGAGGGUAAGUUCAGUAAAUAUGGUCCACUGAGAAAUGUAUGGGUAGCUAGAAAUCCACCUGGUUUCGCAUUUGUGGAAUUUGAGGAUCCACGAGAUGCUGAAGACGCAGUGAGAGGAUUAGAUGGAGUACACUUGUGUGGUACAAGAGUGAGAGUAGAGAUGUCCUCUGGAAGAAGUCGACGAGGCGGUGGUGGUCGCAGACCUGGUCCUAGAUAUUCCAGGUCCCGGUCGCGCAGUCCCCGUAGGAGAUCUCUGGGUCGUUAUCCGAGAUCUUGGUCACGAAGCCCACAAAAAUUGCCGAUUAGCCGCUAUUCAAGAUUCUACCAGCAUCAGCUCCUAGCUCUGUUCGUCUCCCCGCCACUACUACUGCUACUUCUACUACUACUACUACUACAGCCACCGUGAAAAAGCGUAUUCGUACGCGAAAAACAAAAUUUUCAAUCUCGCAAUCGUCGUCAAUUGAACAAAAAAAAUAUAUAGAUAUGCCCGCCUGCCCACUAACUUCCCAACCAACCAAGUCACCAUCAGUCACCACCAAGUCACCAAGUAUAGGAAGCUGCCCAUACGUCGUAUGUCACGUCACGUCGUCCGUCGAGGUUCUGCGUUGUGGUGUUGCGACGCGCAUAUAGUACACAACAGCGCAACAACCGAAACAACAGUUUCCGUGCUGCCGGAGUGCCGUCAAUACCGAGAAUGCCAUCUUUUGUUGCUGUCUGCCCGUUCGACAUCGUUGCAUCGCUAAAACAAAUCGUCUUGAAUCGAAACAAAACCGUUCGUCGCUCUACUACGAGAUUCUCCCAUUCGAUAACCACUACUAUUAUUACUACUACUCUUCCACCACUACCACCAACCGAUCACCGGAUGUUGGUGCGAUUCACCUUCUUCGACUCUUCGUGUCAGCUUUAGCCCGGGGGGCGGUAAUAUGCAUCGAGUUAAACGUCAAAAAAAUCCGCCAUCGUGAGAAAAACAUCACCACCGGCCGCCAUCAUCUUAAACGAAUCCAUUGCACUGUACCAAAAAGAAUGAUCUUUCAUACAGUAAUUCUAUCGGCGCGUUUCUUCAUUUGACUGCGAACGACUGUCUUCUCGACUGUUCGUCGUUUCAAUACCGACGUUUCUGUUUCAUCACUGCUACUACUAGUAUUACCGCUACUGUUACUACUGCUACUACUCCUACACGUCGACCAUCAAUUAGGGACAUAUGUUUAGCGACGAUGACAACUGAGCGCGCGAAAAUUGCAGCCGAGAGAUCUUCUCGACCUUCGACUCUUUGAGAACGAACUCACAAAAAGCGAAAUGAUCACUUACUACACACCAUCCCACCACCACCCACCAACCAA